AUGUUCGUUGUGAUACCUCCAAGAAUAUGCGUACAAGAUAUCAUGAUGAUUGGUUUAGUAUUUUUGCGUGAAAGCGCCAACCUGUCCCCGGACAAGGGUUCUCUGCUGUCGGUGCAAUCUGCACCCCCUGAACAACGAGAGCGCCCCGCAAGUCUGCUGCUCGAGUUGCCGUUAGCCACUCAAGUAGGCGCGUACUUAUCAGCGAUGUCACCGACCGAGCAAGAGGAGGACUCCUUGCUGACACUGUCGUCGGUGACAGCACGCCCCCUGCUGGCUGCCUCGAGGAAGCUACGGCCUCUGCCUGACUCCACCACUGAUAUAACCAACCCACCCGAUGGUGGAUACGGCUGGGUUGUGGUGUUCGGUGCUUUCAUGGUGCAGUUCUGGGUGGCCGGUCUGUUCAAGUCGUAUGGGGUACUAUACGUGGAGAUCAUGGAAACAUUCCCAGACUCUUCGGAGUCAGUUGCCUCCUGGAUACCAGCGGCGUUGUCUACAUUGUGCUUAGCUCUGGCACCGUUGUCAUCAGCUCUGUGUGAGAAGUACUCUUGUCGUCUGGUGGUGUUCAUUGGUGGCCUCUUCUGUGCGACGGGCCUGGCUCUCUCCUACUUCAGUACUGGACUGCUCCAUCUUCUACUGAGCUUCGGGGUGAUGACUGGAAUCGGAGGAGGUCUGUCUACAACACCAGGGAUAGUCAUCGUCUCGCAAUAUUUUGAUAAACACAGGGCUUUGGCUAAUGGUAUAUGUGUGAGCGGGACGGCAGCAGGCAGCUUCGUAUUUCCGAUGUUAAUUGAGAAACUGGUGGAUAUGUAUGGGUUGCAUGGAACUGUGUUACUAUUAGGUGGUGGAAUGCUGCACGUGUGUGUAUCUGCGACAUUGUACCGUCCCCCGCCGACCGUGAGGGAACGAGGUUCGACUCCUGCCACCACCACUACUACGGAGAACACCACUUUACUGCAGGAUAUCCAGGAAGGUAAAACCGAGGCGACAAAAGACAACCGUCUGCAGAGCUUAUUCCAACCUGACUCCGAAAUGGCAUUGAACCAGAAGAAUGUUCUACUCACGGAGGAAGCCAAAAGAUCCAAUUUAAUCACUGAGAUCAUGCACCCUAGUCUUAUAGAGGUGGCGCGGCCUCCAUUGCAAUCUCAACACUCAGAUUCUGAAGAUUCGGAGGUGCUAGAUGUGUUAGGAGUUGUUGGAUUACCAAAAGAAGUGGCCCGCCUCCGUCUGCGGCCGACACGGUCGUCGUCCAUCCUCCAUUCAGUUGAAGACCUGUCUACGGACAGCACUUGUGUUUACAAAGCAAGCAGGAGGAAGAUCAGUCGUUCGUUGUACAUCAGACCACCUCUGCCGCACCGAUUGAUACAGAACAAACUAUCGGAGCCUGUGAUAGUGAAGCCAGAACAGGAGAUACAGAAAGAAGAUAGCAGUCAGAAAGAAGAGAAAAGAGGAUGCGUUGAGAAGAUAUCGAGAUAUUUGGACGUUUCGUUACUCAAGUCUUGGCGGUUUGGACUACUUUGCGCGUCAGUUGCCCUCAUGUCAUGCGGCUCGCCGUAUGCUUUGUAUUACUUGCCGGCUUACACUGUGGCUGUGGGACAUAGCAAGUCUGCUGCGGGUCAUUUGGUGGCUAUCAGUGCUGUACUGGAUCUUUGCGGACGUCUGGGUCUAGGUUAUCUGUGUGAUCUGCAUCUAUUUUGCAGAAGAAAGGCGUAUAUUGUUAGUAUACUGGUGGCCGGUAUAGCUGUGCUCACCCUGCCCAGUCUGACAUCCUGGUGGUCGCUCGCUAUAGCAUCAGGUGCUUACGGUCUGUGUCUGGGCUGCUGGUUUCUCUUGGUGCCUGUACUGCUGGCGGAUGCAUUUGGGACGGCUCGCAUCGCAUCGUCGUAUGGACUCGUCAGAAUGUUCCAGAGCAUUGCUGCCGUCUCUGUACCACCAACAGCUGGGCUUGUACGUGACGUCACCGGGGGAUAUUCAUGGUGUUUCUACGGUAUGGGAUCCUGUAUGGUGUUAGGUUCGAUUCCAGUUAUUGCAUUUCACAUGUGCACCAAGAAUGAAGACACCGACUCGUCUGUGGAUUGAACGAUCUAAGAUAUAUCAAUAUAACAACUUAUGUUACAGUUAAUUACGAAUGUAAUUUUACACUCGUUAAUUACAGGAUGACAUGUUACAUUCGUAUAAUACGGCAGGAAUAUUGUUUAAUAUUACAAUUAUAAAUUAUGACAUGUAAGUUACAGUUGAUAAUUUUGUAAUGUUACAAAUUCUUUUGGCUGUAAUAUUGUAGUCAUUAUUUACAAUGUGUAAUAUUACAAUUGUAAUUAUUAAUUGCACCACGCAAUGGUACUACAGUGUUUGUUUUAGUAUUCACAUGAAUAAAUGUGUAUUUAAAAAAAAAUGAGUGUGAAUUUUGAAAAAUAUCACUAUUGCGUAGUUACGUGUUAAAAAAUUGUCUAUGUGUAACGGAAAAAGCUUUUAUACAUUUGGUAGAUUGUGUAUAAACAAUCAAAACUACGUAUGUAUUUCUAUAAACAAGACCAUUAUGUGUACUCUAUUUAUCUAUGGUUAGAAUUUAAAAAAAUUACACUAUCAUUGGAAAUUACAAGUUUGUAUUUGUAAAUGGAACAAGCGUGCCAUAUGUCGGAGUCAGAAGAAAAAAAGCGUGCCACAUUUUUAAAUAAAGAACAGCCUAAAUAAACAAUGGCAAAUGUCAGUCGAUUUGGCGCCAAAAAACUAAAAGCUGCGUUCCUACGUGCGGAAAUUGGUGGCUAUAGAAAUUGAAAGGUUAAGAUGUUUCAGAUAUUAAUAGACUAGGAAUAUGAUAAUGUGAAUCCAAGUUAACCUUUUUUUUUAUUCAUUUACGAUGACUAAAUAAAAAAAAAAUCUUACAAUAGAGUGAAAAAAAAACAUAGGUUUCGUUUUGGUAAAAAUAUAUGCACUUAAAAUUACUGUCCAACCUUCUUAUAGUUACAUAUAAAUUAAAAAUGAAUGUUAAUAAAAUUCGUAAUAAUAUUUUUUUUUAUUUAAUUAAAUUGUGUAGGACUGUGAUUAAAUAUUUUGUACAAUAUUUCGUUAGUAAUACUAGAGUACUGAAAUGUUUUAGUUGACAAAUUUCAGUUUAAACGAUAGGAAAAUAUUCCCUACUAUUUAAUAUUAAUAGCGAAGUUAAAACCAUUGACAAGUAGAGUAGCUAACACGCACAACAUCUAGCGUAUUAGUAUGGCCGUAGAUGUAUUCUAAAAAAAUAGCUUCAUUGUAGCUUUCCCAAUACAUCAUUGUGAGGUGCCAUGAUUUAAAAAAUAAUCCAGAUUUAAGAUUCGAAUUUCAAAUGUUUUUGUUUCAAAAAUUUUGUGCUUAUUUUCGCAUGUAAACUGCCAUAAAGUGCCUCCUGGCAUAUAUAUUAUACAUUUUAUUUUAUAAAUAUAUAUUUGUAAACGAAAUUAUAUAUAAAUAGUAAACCAUGAUUUCAUAAACACGACUGGGAAUACUUUUUAAUAUAAGAUAGAAAAAAAUACAGAAAGGCUAUCGACAAACUGUAUUAAAAAUGUGCUGGAAUUAAUUAUUCCAAGAUAUUCAACCUAUUUUGUUUUUGUAUUUUAUCGUGUCCUUUUGAAUGGUGAUUUUAUUAAUAUAUAUAUUACUUUAACUGUUAUUUUUAUAUCGUACUAAU